CAGAGGCAUCCACAAUUACACGGGGAAUGUUUUCCUAGAGAUGUCAGCCUACAAAGGACACAAUCUCUCUUCUUCAAAUUCCUCCCCAAAAUGUCCUUUCCCAACAGCUCUCCUGCUGCUAAUACUUUUUUAGUAGAUUCCUUGAUCAGUGCCUGCAGGAGUGACAGUUUUUAUUCGAGCAGCGCCAGCAUGUACAUGCCACCACCUAGCGCAGACAUGGGGACCUAUGGAAUGCAAACCUGUGGACUGCUCCCGUCUCUGGCCAAAAGAGAAGUGAACCACCAAAAUAUGGGUAUGAAUGUGCAUCCUUAUAUACCUCAAGUAGACAGUUGGACAGACCCGAACAGAUCUUGUCGAAUAGAGCAACCUGUUACACAGCAAGUCCCCACUUGCUCCUUCACUACCAACAUUAAAGAAGAAUCCAAUUGCUGCAUGUAUUCUGAUAAGCGCAACAAACUCAUUUCUGCCGAGGUCCCUUCGUACCAGAGGCUGGUCCCCGAGUCCUGUCCUGUUGAGAACCCCGAGGUUCCUGUCCCUGGAUAUUUUAGACUGAGUCAGACCUACGCCACCGGGAAAACCCAAGAGUACAAUAACAGCCCCGAAGGCAGCUCCACUGUCAUGCUCCAGCUCAACCCUCGUGGCGCGGCCAAGCCGCAGCUCUCGGCUGCCCAGCUGCAGAUGGAAAAGAAGAUGAACGAGACCGCGAGCGGCCAGGAGCCCACCAAAGUGUCCCAGGUGGAGAGCCCAGAGGCCAAAGGCGGCCUUCCCGAAGAAAGGAGCUGCCUGGCUGAAGUCUCCGUGUCCAGUCCUGAAGUGCAGGAGAAGGAAAGCAAAGAGGAAAUCAAGUCUGAUACUCCAACCAGCAAUUGGCUCACUGCAAAGAGUGGCAGAAAGAAGAGGUGCCCUUAUACUAAGCACCAAACGCUGGAAUUAGAAAAAGAGUUCUUGUUCAAUAUGUACCUCACCCGCGAGCGCCGCCUAGAGAUCAGUAAGAGCGUUAACCUCACCGACAGGCAGGUCAAGAUAUGGUUUCAAAACCGCCGAAUGAAACUCAAGAAGAUGAGCCGAGAGAACCGGAUCCGAGAACUGACCGCCAACCUCACCUUUUCUUAGGUCGGAGGCCGGUGAGAGGCCGGGAUCAGAGAGGGGCACCGCAUUCCAGGGCCCAGUGCUGGAGGACUGGGAAGGCGGAAACAAAACCUUCAUUGCUCUUUGUUUUUCGUUUUGUUUUGUUUUGUUUUCCUGCUAGAAUGUGACUUUGGGGUCAUUCUGUUCGUGCUGCAAGUGAUCUGUAAUCCCUAUGAGUAUAUAUAUAUAUAUAUUAAAAAACUUAGCACGUGUAAUUUAUUAUUAUUUUUUCAUCAUAAUGCAGGGUAACUAAUACUGCGCAUUUUCAUUUGGGUCUUAACUUAUUGGAACUGUGGAGCAUCCAUCUAACCAUCCAUCCAUUCAACCAUCCAGCAAUGUGACUUUUUCAUGUUUUUCCUAACACAAAAGUUCUCUGUAUGUGGUUAGCCCAUGGACUCAUGGCAUUUUGAGUACAACCAGUACUUCAAAAAAUUACAUAUAUAUUUAAAAAAAAUAAGAAAACCCACAAGCUUUGGGGGAGGGGGACUAAAAAAGCACAUUACAAUGUAUCUUUUCACAAAAUGAACUUAGCAAUGUCCUUGGUGAAAUGGAAUAUUGACAACUUAUGCCUUGUAGCCUUUCCCUUGUGGUGCAUCUGUGGUUUGGUAGAAGUACAACAGCAACCUGUCCUUUCUGUGCAUGUUCUGGUCGCAUGUAUAAUGCAAUAAACUCUGGAAAUGAGUUUGCUCCA